UUUGAACGGAGGGUCUCCCGCCCGUGGCGGGGCUGCGUCUGCUGCGGCGGUUGCGGGAGGCUGCGGCGGCCGGGGCCGGGGUCCGGGCCGGGAGGCCGAGGCUGGCGCGGCGGGCGUUGGGGGCGGUGCCCCCGAGGCGAUGAUGGGCAAGGAGGAGGAGAUUGCGCGGAUCGCCCGGAGGCUGGACAAGAUGGUGACCAAGAAGAGCGCGGAGGGAGCCAUGGACCUGCUGCGGGAACUGAAGGCCAUGCCCGUCACGCUGCACCUGCUGCAGUCCACCCGCGUCGGCAUGUCCGUCAACGCCCUGCGGAAGCAGAGCUCGGACGAGGAGGUCGUCACGCUGGCCAAGUCUCUCAUCAAGUCCUGGAAAAAGCUCCUGGGUGCGGAUGCUUCAGACGCCAAAGCCAGGGAGCGGAGGAGGGGCGGGCCUCUGCCCACAUCGUCCUCCAAGGAGGCCUCCGAGGACCCCAGCCGCAAGAGGCCAGAGCUGCCCAGGACGCCAUCGACACCCAGGAUCACCACGUUUCCUCCGGUGCCGGUCACCUGUGAUGCCGUGCGCAACAAGUGUCGUGAAAUGCUGACCGCUGCCCUGCAGACGGACCAUGACCACGUGGCUGUCGGCGCAGAUUGCGAGCGCUUGUCGGCCCAGAUCGAGGAAUGCAUCUUCCGGGACGUGGGGAACACGGACAUGAAGUACAAGAACCGUGUGCGCAGCCGCCUCUCCAACCUCAAGGACGCCAAGAACCCCAGCCUGCGGCGCAACGUGCUAUGCGGCGCCAUCACGCCCCAGCAGAUCGCCGUGAUGACCUCGGAGGAGAUGGCCAGCGACGAGCUGAAGGAGAUCCGCAAGGCCAUGACCAAGGAGGCCAUCCGCGAGCACCAGAUGGCGCGCACGGGCGGCACGCAGACCGACCUGUUCACCUGCGGCAAGUGCAAGAAGAAGAACUGCACUUACACGCAGGUGCAGACCCGCAGCUCCGAUGAGCCUAUGACCACGUUCGUCGUCUGCAACGAGUGUGGAAACCGCUGGAAGUUCUGCUGAGCCCUGUGCAUGUGUGCCUGCAGCCUCGGGCCACGGCCAGUGCUGGCCGUCGCCCUUUCCCCAUCCUCUGCCAACAG